UUAUGAGGACAGUCCCGAGAAAUCAAUUUCAUUAAAUAUGGACGACAUUGAUCUCCCCUUCUAAAAAGCAUCGUGCUCAAUGCUAUGCGAUUUCCCAUGCUUUUCUAUUAUUUAAUGCAAAUUUAUGACUUACAUGACAUCUGUUGAAAUGUGAUUAAUCUGAUCAAAACUUCAAUUCAGUAAUCAGACAUUCACGAAUAAUACGUUUCUCUUGUUUUUGCAUGGAAAUGAAUGCAAUGUGACCUUCCAUAAAAAUAUUUGUACUAUUUCUGUGAGCGUUUGCAAUGUCAACAAAAAGUGAUGUUCGAAUUCUCCUGCUGGGUGAUCCUGGAGUUGGAAAGACAUCCUUGAUAUUGACUCUUGUCAGUGAAGAGUUUCCUGAAGAGGUUCCAGCCAAAGCUGAAGAAAUCACUAUUCCUGCUGAUGUUACUCCAGAAAGAGUUCCUACACAUAUAGUAGAUUAUAGUUCACAGGAACAAGAUGAAGAAACUUUACAGGCAGAAAUUGUAAAGUCCAAUGUUAUAUGUUUGGUGUAUUCUGUGGAAGAUGAAGAUACGAUUGAAAGAAUCACCACAUUUUGGUUACCUUAUAUUCGCCAAUGUCGAGGAGAGGAACACAGUAAUCCAAUUAUAUUAGUGGGAAACAAGUCAGAUUUACUGGAUUUCAGUACAAUGGAGACCAUGAUGCCUAUCUUGAAUGACUUUGCUGAAGUGGAAACAUGUGUUGAGUGUUCGGCAAGAACGCUGAAAAAUAUAAGUGAGAUGUUUUACUAUGCACAGAAAGCAGUACUGCAUCCCACAGCCCCUGUAUAUAAUCCUGAAGAAAAAGAGCUGACACCACUGUGUAAGAAAGCGUUAACAAGAGUAUUCAAGAUUUGUGACCUAGAUAAUGACCAUUUACUGAACGAUGAUGAAGUCCAUUUGUUUCAGAGGAAAUGUUUUAAUGCACCACUACAUCAGCAAGCCUUAGAUGAUGUGAAGUCAAUUGUGAAAAGAAAUAUAACUGAUGGGGUCAAAGAAAAUGCCUUAACGCUAAAAGGAUUUUUAUUUCUACACACAUUAUUUAUACAACGAGGUCGACAUGAGACAACAUGGACAGUUAUGAGGGCUUUUGGUUACGAUGAUCGAUUGCAACUCACAAGAGAUUUUUUAUACCCAAAAAUAAUGGUUGGAUCUGGUUCCACAACAGAGUUAACGUUACAAGGGAUACAGUUUCUUAAAAUGGUCUUCAAUAAAUAUGAUGAAGAUAGUGAUGGGUGCUUGUCACCACCAGAAUUACAGAACUUAUUUAGUACUUGUCCUGUGAUGCCAUGGGGACAAGAUGUUAAUAAUACAGUCUGUACCAAUCCUAAUGGUUGGAUAACAUCGCAAGGUUAUCUGGCUCAGUGGGCACUGACCACACUUCUGGAUGUACCUAGAACUAUAGAAUUUUUAGCCUAUUUAGGUUAUCAGUAUUUACAUGACAGUCAGGUUUCGGCUAUUCAAGUCACUAGAGAUAAGAAAAUAGAUUUAGACAAGAAACAUACCUCCAGAAAUGUGUUUAGAUGUCAUGUGCUUGGUGCUAAGUCUGUGGGCAAGACCUCGUUAUUACAAGGUCAUUUAGGACGGAAUCUCCGAUAUUUAGCCACGUUAGAGAAAGAACAUUUAUCUACUUUUACAAUCAAUACUGUACAGGUCUAUGGUCAAGAAAAAUAUUUAAUGUUACAUGAAGUAGAUGUUGUUGUUAGUGAUAUGUUAAACCCGACAGAGAUGAAUUGUGAUGUAGCUUGUUUAUUAUAUGAUGUGACCAACCCUCGGUCAUUUGAAUUCUGUGCUAAAAUGUAUCUGAAACAUUUUAUAGACAGUAGAAUACCAGUUUUAUUUGUUGCUGGAAAAACAGAAUACCCUGCAGUGCGGCAGGACUUUGAAAUGACUCCUGCACAGUUUUGUCAAAAAUUCAAACUUCCACCCCCAGAAGACUUUGCCUGUUUAGAUAAAAUUAACAAAGAUGUUUAUAUCAAAUUAGCUACGAUGGCUGCAUAUCCAAAUCUCAAACGACUCGUGCACAUGUUACUGGUUCGGCAGAAUCCACUUUGGCUUGAAGAAAAAAUCAGACAUGUGAGAGAUGUAGUUUUACAGAACGAUAGACUUUUUAUGAAAAUUGGCGUGGGACUUGCCAUGGCGUCAGUUUUUGGUUUUAUAGUAUACAGAAUUACAAAGGCUCUCCGAUAACAGCGACUUAGUGCUAGUUCAACAAAUUACAGAAAGCAUUCAAAAAACAAUCAUGAGUCCUUGGCACAAGCAAUGCAAAUGUUGCUUUAAGGACAAAAAAGAUUUUCAGAAAGUUUUAGAAACUGUUAGUUCCAAAAUUAUAUUCAAAUAUGAUUUAAAGGAAAAGUUAUGAAAGGGAAGUAAUCGUGUGUUGAUAGAUAUCACCUGUAAAACAGUAAAGUUCACUCUUCAUGCAUUGUUCAAUCUUUGCUAAAGAGCUUCUUAUGACUGAUAGUCAGAAAAUUUGGGUUUCAAUGACUUCCUAGCUAUAAAAUGUUUGUGUUGUUCAUCUUUUAUUCAAAUCAAAUCAGGUUGUUAUUUAAAUAGAUUUUAACCAUGUAAUGUGAUCAGCUGGAACAGAAUAAAAAGAAAAGUUAAUGGUUUGGGUAUAAAAUAUAGGAAAAUAUAUUCCAAUAUAACUUAAUAACAGCGCCUGAUGAUAAUAAAGCCUGAACAGUGUUUCAGUCCUUGGAUGUUCCUUCUUCAGAGGCUGAAUAAUUGAAUUGUCUUUUUGGUCUCCUUUUAUGGUUUUUUCUAACGACAGUACUCUCUAAUAGUUUCAGGUUUAUCUACAUAUUCAAAUAUUUUUUUAAACACUUCUUGCAAUUUUAAAGUGUGAUUAAAAAUGUUAAAUCCUCUCUUUUUAUCAAUAUUCUUUUUUCGAGAUAUCUAAACAUCCAUAAAAAAGCACUUGUGGCCCUAAAAAUCUAAAGAUAAAAUUUAGUUUAAUAGUAUAAUUGUCUUGAUUUUGAAGGAAAAUGGGCCACAAUUUAUAGAUUUGAAACCACAAUAUUUAUCAAAUGCAUUGAAGCCUUUUCUUUUUUAUUUAACAGUCAAUUAUGAUGUAUAUAUAAUUACAAAAAAUAUCUAUAUAUAUUGUCCAGUUUUUUUCACCCAAAUCUCAUUAUUCUCAAGUAGGAUUAUUAAUGAAGAUCUUAUGUCAUAAUAUUACCAUACAACUGAUAGAUUUUGUGUUUAAUUAAAGGUUUUCACAUUAUGUAUUCUACUCACUGCAUAAAAUCUCAUAUUUAACUUCCAAAACUUUUACAUUGCCUAAUGCAUUAUGUGUAUGAUUUAUGCUUCGAGCACAUGUACAUUUAAUUCCAAUAGAAUUCAAAUCGAAUUUGCUAAUCACGUUCACACUCUUCUUUUUUAAUUUCAAAUUAUCUAAUUUGCAUUAGAAAUACGCUUUUGUUGAUACGAAUUAAAAGGUAAUGUUAUUUGGACAGUAUUUAAAGCCACUUUGCAAUUCGAAUUAGAAUUGACGUUAGGGCGUAAAAUGUUUCGAAUGUGAAUUAAACUAAUUUUAAUUAUUUAAUGCGAAUUGAAAUCGAAUAACGUGUGAACUCAGCAUUAAAGGGAAUAUUGGGUACACAUAAAUGACCUAACAACAUAUUAAACAUCUAGAAAUAUGCCAUGACCAUUUUAUCUUUCUCAUGUUUUUGGGAUCAAUUAAAUGUUAAUGUUGCAUAAUAAUUUCUUCAAAAUAAAAUACAGAAUGCUUACAAAAAGUUUCAAACAUUAGCCAAGAGUCAUUUUCUUAUCAUUUGUAUGUCUUACCUCUGAUAAUCAGGGUUGCCUUAUGUUUCUUACUGUGGAUUCAUAAGUAUUUGUUGGAUACCAAUUUUUGUGGAAUUUUGCAUAAACCACGAAAUUAAAUGUUCAAUCAAUGACAAAUUUCUAUAGGCUUGUAUGCAGGCUUUCAUAAAACCAAAAAAUCGAAUAUGCAAGAACAUAUAUGUUUUCCUUAAUCCAUGAAUAUUUUUUCCUAUCAAAAUUAAUGAAUUCACAUUAUUUUAAAAGAUUUCUGUUAACGCUUGUCAUUGAUAAUACUAUGAUGGUUUUAUUUUGUCCAUAUUUCUUACUGGUCAUUAAUAUGGUUUAACUUUAUUUUUGUGGCUUAGUUCAAAACUAGUUGUCACUGAACACAAAAUUAAUCGGAAAAAAAUCAGUUAGUACAAAUGUACAGUUCUCAAAUCCUAAGCAAAUUUUGUUUCAAUAAGGGAUAGAAAUUGUGCCGACAAAUGGUUAUUAAAGAGAACACCUUUUUCAAUAGAAAAGGAAUCUAUAUGAAAUUUAAGUACUUUAAUACUCUAAACAAGAGUGAAAUGUAUCUGCUUACAAAAGGAUUUUAAAGUGAAGUAUAUUUAUAAAUUUUGAAUUUCUGAAAAUGUUAGGACUCUCAAGUUUGACAGAAAACCAGUGCUUGUAUAAUAUAAUUUUUCCUGCUUGUUUGGUGAAAGAUUGGAAGAAAAUGUGUUGGUAAGCAAUAUAAUGUUUUUUUAUGCCCCACCUUCGAUAGUAUAGGGGCAUUAUGAUUUCUGGUCCGUUCGUCCGUCCCGCUCCAGUUUAAAGUUUUUGGUCAAGGUAGUUUUUGAUGAAGUUGAAAUCCAAUCGACUUCAAACUUGGUACACAUGUUCACUAUGAUAUGAUCUUUCUAAUUUUAAUGCCAAAUUAGAGAUUUUACCCCAAUUUCACGGUCCACUGAACAUAGGAAAUUUGUGCGAGUGGGGCAUUCCUGUACUGAGGACACAUUCUUGGUUUUUUUAUUAUUAGAUAUAAGUGGUUAAACAUACUGCACCUGAUUUAAAAUCUGACUCCUAUUUAUUUUUAAACUGAAAUGAAACUGAUUGGACCCAAAAAAUCAAUGUAAAAUUAUGAAACAAAUUUUGUGCAUGACAGUCUUUCCUGUGUGCACGGUAAUUUGAAACCAAUAAAAAGCUAUUGGUUGCCUAUAGAUAAGAUCCUAUUGCAAUGUUUUAUCUGCCAUAUAGAGUGUCUGCAAUAGAGCGUGAAAUAAGUUCUGAUAUUGUUCAGAUUAACCACAAAUUUAGAUUAUGAAUGUAUAUAUUAUUAGAUGUAGUCAAACUAUUUAUGUAAUUAUGUACAUUGUUAGUCAUAUUUGGGUCUGUGUUUUAUUAUACAUGUCUGAAAGAUACUGAAGAUGAAAAUAAAACUUUAAAAGAAACAA